UGGCGACGUCGUAAUUAAGAAGUCUAAAUCAAGAAAAAAAAUUCCUUAACUGGGCUUGUAUUUAUUAAUUUUUACAAACAAAAUUGUCUUUACCGUUUGAAAAUUUUGCAAAAAUGUGUAGUACAAUAGUAAAGCACUAUGAUGUGCUUUCACAAAACGUAUAAAUUAUAUUUCAAGACAAAUAAGACGCUGUGCGCAGAUAUCGAAAACAAAACACGGUCACUUUAACACAAAAAGAAACUUCCAUAUUUGUUCCUAUUAAUAAUCAAAUAUCCAACAGUUUGAAUAGUAAAACGUACCUAGCAAGAGGACGUCAGGAACGUCUAGCAAAUCGCUGAGUAAUGUCUUCCCAACAAGACACAGGCCACAGAGGAGACAUAAACUUUGUGUUGGCCACAGGAAUGCCUAAUACAGCCCAUAAUUCGAAUAAUAAUAACGCAAAUACAACAAUCGCCAACGCGCCUUCUCUUCUUCUGAAUAAUAAUACGAAUAAUGAGCAGCCACAAACGAAACGGCAAAAGAUUGAGAAAACUAAGCAUGCAAACGGCAACAACAAGGCCGUAAACUCAAUAGUUGCUUCUGCUGAUUUGCCUUCCCCGCCCGAUAUAAUUUUCACUGGAAAUGGCAAUGCCAUCUGUUCAUCUUUGUCGUCCUCAGCACCUUCCAUAUCAACACCAUGUUCAUCGUCCAACAAUUCACCUUCAUCAACACCGAGUAGUUCAAGAACGUCGUCAUUAACACAGCUUUUAAAUGUUCAAAAUUUCGCCUCAAGUGUCUUGCCUUUAACUAAUGGAGAUCCAUCGGCAUCCAUUUUAAAUGACCAGAAUAUGGCAAGUACAAGUGUCUCGAGUGGCUGCAGUAGUAGUGUAUGCAGCUCUACAGAUCAGUCUGCUGAUGAAGUGGACCGUGUCACUUUGCCCGAUCUGCUGCCUUUGUCCUCCACACGUCACAGCAACAUGAGUGCUUCCUGUCAUUCCAUAACCAACUUACCUGCAGCCACAUUAUCUACCAAACCACAGAAGCCGGAUGAAAGUAGUGCUGCGCAGGAUAUGCGUGAGUUCGAGGAAUCACUUAAUAAACAGUGCUUGUGCGGUGUGUCUGAGCGUAUGUUAAGAAAACCGUUUCAGUCUCAUUACUCAAUGGAUGCCAAUGGCCAGAAACGUGUGGCCAAUCUAAGUGAGUGGCCCACGAAUAAACUGCUACAAUUUCUCUCGAAUCUACAAUUGCUUUUCGACAUAUAUCUAAAGCAAAACUCAAAAGGAUUUAUUUGUGCUCGCAUUAUGGACGUGUGCGAUGCAUUGAUACGGAAUGAUCAUAAUCUAAUCGAUGAGAUUAUUGUAUUGGCUGGAUACAGCAAUACGUAUGUGCAGUUUUUAGCCGGCCGUGUAUUGGCCUCAUUUCUUGUUAUAGCCAAACAUGAAAUGGACGAUGAUUGGCUUAAGAAAUUGGUAGAUAAUCUAUUUAAUUUUGACCGUCUCGAUCAUGUGGCUGUUCAGAAAAUGCAUUUUAGUUUGGAAAUUAUUAAGAGAAUUGUUGAAUGGAAGGACGUCGAUUUGCAUCCGUUGGAAGAGGAAAUUGCCGAAACCCAUAGUAUGCCAGAACCAACCACCUCUACUUUGGCAUCAGAAAGUAGCCAUGGCUAUCUACAUUUCCAAACGCAACAAACUUCAUUGGAAAGUAACUAUUUUGCCAUACAUUAUCGUUCGUCAGAAAACUUGGAUAUUGCUUCGGGCAGUAGUAGCACAUCAAUUUAUUCACACGCGAGUACAGCUAUGCAUAGUGGCGGAAACCAUCAGUUUAAUGUUAUGGGAUCGUCACAUAUAGCUCAUCAUUCCUCGUUAGGCCAGACCUGUCACUUAGUGACCCUCACCGAUUCAGAGAGCUUCGACACAACGCAUCUUAAAUGUAUCACCAUUAAAAUACUCGAAAACAAAUGGCCAGCUUUGGUUAAAAAUAUGUCCUCAUUGAUUGCCAACCACUUGGACGUGGAGAAUGCAGAAAAUUGUAUUUUGAACUUUCUGCAACUUUGGGAAAACAUCAUUUCCGUAAAGGCUAAUCUCUCGAUUGUAGAGACUUUGCCGUUCUAUGCACAACUGGAUAAAUUUGAAUUGCUGCUUAACCAGAAUCUUUCUUGUACCGUGUAUAAACAAAUGCUGUGCCUUUUCAACGAAGCGUUGUGUUAUGGUUCCACGUUAGCAUUGCAGGAUAUGCUACCCGAUGAGACAUGCAUGUUGGCGCACCAAAUUGUUCGGCAUGUUAAGGAUUUUCGAAUAUUAGAAUCUCUACCUCGACGCCAACCUGAGAAUAUUGUUGGACUGAUUGGCUUUAAACGAAAACCCGUAUUCUAUGUUCCGGACUCACUACAACAUCAUUACGGCAAUGAUGUAGCAACAAAUGCCCUCAAUGCGGGAGAAGCUAUUGAAAUGGACAAAACAAUUUUGCAGAAAAUUGUUCUAUUAGUGCUGAAGUCAAUAGCAGUAACGGUCAAAGAAAUACGAAGUGAUUCUUCUGAUUCGUCGAUAGAUUCGACGGAUUAUGAUGCCUUCCAGGACAUGGUCCUAAUAGAGAGAUCUAUACGCGAUGUGCUACGCAAAUUGGAAUCUUUCAUUAAACACACUUUGGAAUUUCAUCCUGAAUGCCACUUUAGCAAAAUUCUAAUACAUCUUUUUGAUGACCAAGAUGAUCACCUAAUCGAGGCCAUGGUGUGUACGCUGGACGUCACGGCUGGCAUAUCGUUCCGAAAUAAUGCGUUUCCCGAAUUGGUUUCCAUGUUGAAUCCGGUGUAUACAUUCCUAGAGUUCCUGAAAAUGAUAUCGAACAGCUCCGACUUGCUGCUCGAUUUGUUAGUUAGUAACGAGACAUGCUUUCUGUUGUACUUGCUGAGAUUUCUCAAGUAUAUACGAAUGAAUUGGUCUAUGUUUGUACAAAGCUGCCAUGACUUUGGUAUGGGUGCUACCACCCUGGACGAAGCUAUGAGUGUUCUAAUACGAUUGAGACUACAAAUAUCCCGUUUGGUGUCUAGACAAUUGUAUCCGUAUGAUAUAUCGCCAGUGCUACGUUUAUUGGAAAGCUGUGAAAGUCUUUACGAGGGUAAUGAGCUAAGCUAGCCAACUGCUGAAAUGUCUGCUGGCUAACUCAAGUCCUUCGAGUGCCACCAGUGUCUUCCAAAACAAAAUGCCAUACGGCAACGGCUUCGAAAUUCAUAGCACACACGCAAGCCCCAAUCCCAUAUAUUUUAACAAAUAAUUACUGUUCAAAUAUCUUGCCUUUCUAGCGUUUAGAGUUUAUUUUUAAUAUUUAAAGUACAUAGUUUAGUAGGAUUAAUUUUCAAUAAGAUAAAAAUGUACAUUUUUAAAUAGAAUUAUUAAAUUGCACUAACAUACACAUACAUUCUUCCCACAACGGAAUAUAAUAAAUGCUUCGUAAUAAUAAUGAUAAAAGGUGUUUACAAAUUUAGAUCACAUUAUUAGUUACGCUUCUUUCCCUUAAGUUAAGUUUAUACACAAAAUCAUUUUUAGUUUUUGAUAAUAAUGAGAUGAUAAGAGAAUGAAAACAAACAAAAAAUCGCAAGAAACUUGAUAUAGUAACUUUGUAUGCAGUUUUAAUGACUUAUUUAUAUGAAUAACAACAUAGUGUAAAUAAUGACAAACAUAGAUGAUAGGAUCCCGAACAUAACUACAACUACACAUUCAUUUACUUUUUACUACAAUACAAUUACGAUACAGAUGACCAAUAAAUAAAUCGAUAUAUAUAUUUUUGUAAUAUUGUUUCAUAAA